AGCUCUUCCCCUCUCUCCCUCUCUCUCUCCGGGACAACUCCGGUGCGGCUUCAAAAGAUGCUUCUCUGCCUAAAAGGACUUCUCUCACGGUCGUUUCACCAGCACAGCGCGACAGAGGAAAUACACACGCAGCGUUGUAGCACCCACCUAUCGUCUAAUCAGCCGCACAAUACCACACUCCCCAAAAGACACACAAAAUAGUAUACACAAGCGCAAAUAAAGGAAAACAAAAAUACAAUGCGGGCUACCAAAGUGCCGACCGACAUCGCCGUCACCGCGAAAGGAGUUCAUUACGUUGUCUCCACCGUGAACGCGUGCGCUAGUUGCCAGGCCUUCCAACACAGCACCCGAGCACCUGCCGCAUCGGAUGCAUCGCCACUGCCACCAUUCCGUUUCACUUCGCUUCUGCCGGCGGAUUGGUCGGCCCUUCUCCGUAUGUGUCGUCGAUUGACCCAUCCUACUGCCUCCUUCAACUUCUCCUCGCCAGGAGACACUGCGGGCUCCCUGUGCCGUCACCGUGGUGCACAUCACCCAGACGCGUCUUCUACAAGGGCGGCGCCCACCUUUCAAAAUCACGCCUACAUGCACAUCGUGGAGCGCGUUGCGGGAGACUUCACCCCUAAUAACAUGAUUUAUCACGAACUGCAGAGCUUCCACUUGCUUCCUGCUGAUUCCGUGGAGGGGAGACCGCCGCAGGACACGGACGCGUCGUUGUCUUCCAUGGCAGUCUUCUCCCAACUCGUUACUGCCAUGCAACAGCAGGCUCCUCAGUCUCCCCAAGACAUCGCAGCUGAGCUGCUGGACGCCGAGGACACCGCCCGCGCGGCGGCGACGGCGGCACAGAAACGUGCUCUCGACCCUCUCUCCACCAAUGCCGACGCGGCAGCAAAAUCAACCGCCAACGUUGAGCAGCUUCGCGCUUACGCUGCCGCCGCGAUGGGCGCAUUCCAAAGCGUUCCUGUUCCUGCUGCGACUGCUACCGCCUCCGCUCCGCCUUCGCCUCUUGCACCCUACACCUUCACGUUUUUCCCACACCCGGUCCCCGUCGCUGUCAGCGUCCCGUACUGCUCCGCGCACUUCUGCGUGAUGGUGAAUUUGAAGCCUAUUGUGCCGAAUCAUCUCAUGGUGGUGCCUAUCCGCUGUGUGGGGACUGUUCACGGCCUGACAGAGGCGGAGGUGGAGGACUGGGGCCACGUUAUGCGCUGCACCAUCGACGUACUUGAGGAGCUACGUCUGGAGCAGCAGCAGCACUCUUCCGCGCAUGGGGAGGCAUCGGUGUCAGCUCCGCUGCUGGGUAACUACAGCGUGGCGGUGCAGCAAGGCGCGUUGGCGGGUCAGACGGUGGCGCAUUUGCACGUCCAUGUCAUUCCAUUCGAUCCGCAAGGGAAGCUCGCGGGGGAGCCGGAGACGGACGAGUUGGAGCAGCAACGCCGCCCGCCGCGCACACCGGCUACGAUGAAGGCAGAAACGGAUGCGCUGCGACCUCUCUUCAUCAAGUACGCUGCCGCUGCCGCUGCUGCUGCUGCUUCCAGAAAGAAAUAA